AUGACAGUCGAAGCAAAAACGUUCACGAACAAAUCUAAUGGCGAAACAUUCACAAAAGGCACUUACAACGGUAUUGAAGUCUUACGUAGAGACAUGGAUGGUUAUAUAAAUGCAACAAAGAUGUGUCAGCAGUUUAGGAAAGACUUUAGAAGGUUGUUGGAAAAUAAGUCCUGGGAAGAGUAUUUUGAGGCAUUUUGUGAAGAAUAUACCAACCCGCGGAAUUCCGCGGGUUGCUUUUUAUACACAGUUCAUGCAGGAAUUCCUGAUGAAAUCAAACAGGUUAGAGGAACGUAUGUAGACCCAAGACUUGUAAACUAUAUAGCAAUGUGGGCUUCUCCAAAAUAUUGUAUAGCAGUUGGAAAAAUUUUGGACUCCAUAGACAAGAAAGUUCAUGAGAAAUUAGAUGAAGAAGAACUUGAAGAUACAGUAGAGAAUGCAAAACCUUUGUUCGAAGAAGAA